AUGUUGGCUUCUGUGGACUUCUUCACCGCUCAAAUCGGAGGAGUUUUGAUGAUUUUUAUGUCUCUUAUCGGUUUGCUCUUCAAUGUUUCUGCGUUCUACCAAUAUAUUUCUUUGGAAAAGACAAGUUUUCAUAUAAUGUGUAUUUCGAAGACUAUUUCAAAUUCAUUGCAUCUUUUGGUCUAUCUGGUUUACAAUGGACCUUCAGCAUUACUGUAUACACAAAUUGGGCCAGAACUGCUGAAUAGAUAUCUGAAUCAAGCGAUUGCAUAUGGGUUGUAUUGUCAAGGACCUCUCACGCAAGCCCUUAUAACAAUCAACCGCUUCCUAAUUGUCUACUUCUCCCCAAUUAUCAUCCCAUGGUACAGCAAAUGGAUCACUUUCGGAUCUCUAUCAGCUUGCUGGAUUAUUGCAUUAUAUUUCUCGACUCUUAUUGGAUUUCCAGACUCAUGCCUACUCAGAUUCAGUCACCAGACUCUCACUUGGAUUCACGAUGACUGCCCGUAUUUUAUACAUUACAUCUUGCAAAGCGACUUCCUCUACCUUAUUCUUCCACUGGGAGUCUUCUCUAAUUGCAUGAACUUUUUCAUCGCUUUCAAGCUGUUCUUGUUAUCGAAAAAUCAAAGUCUAUCAACAGAGGCGAGUCGUCAGAGACGGAACACUACGAUUCGGUUAUUUAUUCAAAAUUGUUUUGAGGACUGGAUUUACGUAUUGGAUACCGUGAAUAGUCUGUUCAUUAGAGACAAGGUCAACGAUGGUUUUGUCAUUUUCUUGGUCACACUGGGCUCAAAUUUGAUUACUCAAGUGGCAGAUGGGUGA